AUGGGCCUGUGCAUGUCUCUCAUGGGCCGCAACCGGCGGACAUACCCUAGCAUGGGUAUGGGCGGUGGCUACGGGUAUCCUCCCCCGCGCCCGCACUACGGUGGUGGCGGGGGCAUGCCGAUGCAUUCCUACGGAAGACCACACGGUCCUCCUGGUGGUGGCUUUGAGGGGGAUUUGGCGGGGGACGAAGAGGGAGAUGGUAGAUUCGAGGAUAAGGGAAUAAGAGGAUGUAUAAACGGGGGUUCCGGACUGCUGGUGUACAAUGCGGAGUUUGGAGUUACUCGGUGA